UGAAUGAAGUUCUGGUCUCCAGCUUCUAACGAGUCACCCCGACUUCUAACCUCUGCCACUCACAGUCACAGCACAGCGAUCCCCAACAAUGGUUUCUGCUCUGCUUUCUCUCUCUCUCAACAUUGCCGUUUCCUCAUCUUCCACAAACCACAGAAAUGCCUUGAGCAAUUACACAAGAAGACGAUCGCCGAUACUUACAUUUCGAGUUAGAGCUAGCUCUGCAGAAAAGGGCGAAUCCAACGACAAAAAUGAUACCACCGAGUUCAAUCCUUUUGGCUUCGUCACCGACAAUCCCUCCAGCCGCAGCUCAAUUCAGUUGCCGGAAAGUCCCGCUGAGGAUGGCAAUGUCGGCCAAAUGCUCUAUAGGAUAGAAGACAAGGGCAAGGAAUAUGGGUCAUAUAUUAAGUCUGGGAAGUUAAGAUGGUUUGUGAGGGAAACUGGAUCGGCGGAAAGCAGGCGAGGGACUAUUGUUUUCCUUCAUGGGGCUCCAACUCAAUCUUUCAGCUACCGAGUUGUUAUGUCUCAGUUGGCAGAUGCAGGGUUUCACUGCUUUGCACCUGACUGGAUAGGAUUUGGUUUCAGUGACAAACCACAGCCAGGAUAUGGUUUUGAUUACUCAGAAAAGGAGUUUCAUGAAGAAUUGGAUAAAUUACUUGAGGUUCUAGGCGUCAAAUCUCCCUUCUUUCUAGUUGUUCAGGGAUUUGUUGUAGGUUCAUAUGGAUUAACUUGGGUCCUGAAGAACUCAAGCAAGAUAUCAAAGCUAGCAAUACUAAACAGCCCAUUAACAGUCUCAUCUCCCAUUCCUAAACUUUUUCAGCAGCUAAGAAUUCCUCUAUUUGGUGAAUUUACAUGCCAGAAUGCUAUUAUGGCUGAGCGGUUUAUUGAAGCAGGUAGCCCUUACGUACUGAAAAAUGAGAAGGCUGACGUUUACCGGUUACCUUAUUUGUCUAGCAGUGGACCUGGAUUUGCUCUGCUUGAAGCUGCAAGGAAGGCUGAUUUCAAAGGUAGUUUCAGUGAGAUAGCAACAGGAUUUGCAGCAGAAAGAUGGGAUAAACCAGUAUUACUUGCCUGGGGAUUAUCAGACAAGUAUCUACCCCAAUCUGUGGCAGAGGAGUUUCAGAAAGGAAAUCCAGAACAAGUUACGCUUAAGUUGAUUGAAGGAGCUGGACAUAUGCCUCAAGAAGACUGGCCUGAGAAAGUUGUUGAUGCCUUGAGAGUGUUUUUCUGAUCUCAAGAUGUGUAUUCCUCCCUUGUAUUGCAAUGUCAAAAGCUGGCAGACUCUUCACUGUUUCCUCCAUUGAAUAUAGUUCAUCUGUAAAUUGUAAACAUACCAGAUCUUAAAGUUUUAUUAAAAACAAAAAGAAAAAAGAAAAAGAAAGAGCUUUAUUCAA